CGCGAACAACUACCGAUAUGAUCUUCAUUGAGCAAAUCGACCAUCGGCGGGGUCUAGUGAUCGCAAGAACGGGGAUGCGCAUAAGCCGGAUGCAACGGUGCUCAAGGAUGGCUUCGAGAUGGGCUAUUUGGAGAUAAAGCCGCCGAAGGAAGAACGUCACCAGCGACUAUAUCUGGAAGAUAUCUGGGCGCUUUUAGGAUUGGCUAAGGAUAACAUUGAUUUUCAUUUCAGAUGCCAUCGAAUCAUCACUACUAUUCCAUGUGUGUUGGUGUUCGGUUUUCAGAUGACAUUAUACCAGCUCUCCUUCCAAGAUGGUAUCUAUGUGUGGCUAGACGUCCACACCGCUUACUUGCCGAAGGACCAAUAUGACAUCGGCAACAUUGUGUCCUGUGUUGAGUUGCUCAAUGCUUUCAAGGCCAUACUGGAUGAAGCUGAAACAGAACGGUAUACUCGAACGCCACCUAGGCAUGCAAAGGACGACAAAAAACUUCCAGAAUUGUAUUGCCCACGGCCGACUAAUCUUACCCCUUCCAAAAGACCGUUUUUCGGAUCAGGAAAACGCAUGUCUAUGUAGAUGCUUGGAAGACGCUUAUGACAAUGAAUGGAAUAGAAAUGGG